CGGAAAGGCCCUCCGGGGACCCUUUGGGCCCCGCGUCCAUCAGGAUCCAUCAGGAUGGCAGCCUCCGGGAAGCUGAGCACUUUCCGCCUGCCGCCUUUGCCCUCCAUUCGAGAAAUCAUUAAACUGUUUCGCCUGCAAGCCCUGAAGCAGCUCUCCCAGAAUUUCCUCCUGGACUUGAGGCUGACAGAUAAAAUAGUGAAGAAAGCCGGCAACCUGACAAAUGCUUACGUCUAUGAAGUGGGCCCAGGCCCCGGGGGCAUCACAAGAUCCAUUCUCAACGCUGGUGUUGCUGAGCUGCUGGUGGUUGAAAAAGACAGUCGCUUUAUCCCUGGACUACAGAUGCUUUCUGAUGCAGCACCUGGAAAACUCAGAAUCGUCCAUGGAGAUGUGUUGACAUUUAAGAUAGAAAAGGCUUUUCCAGUAUCACUUAGAAGACAAUGGGAGGAUGAUCCGCCAGAUGUCCGUAUCAUUGGAAAUCUGCCUUUCAGUGUAUCAACCCCCCUUAUCGUCCAGUGGCUGGAAAACGUGUCUCAGAGGAAUGGGCCUUUCACGUAUGGCAGAACCCCGAUGACACUGACCUUCCAGAAGGAAGUGGCAGAGAGACUCACAGCCAGCACCGGGAGCAAACAGCGGAGUCGCCUCUCCAUCAUGGCCCAGUACCUCUGUCAUGUUGAGCACAUCUUGACAAUACCAGGCCGGGCUUUUAUACCCAAACCAGAGGUGGAUGUGGGCCUGGUGCACUUUGUCCCCUUGACUGAGCCACGCAUCCAGCAGCCCUUCCCGCUGGUGGAGAAGGUGGUGCAGAGAGCGUUCCAGUUCCGGAGGAAGUACUGCUACCGGGGCCUGGGCAUGUUAUUCCCAGAAGCUCAGCGGCUGGACAGCACAAGGGCGCUGCUGCAGCGGGCAGAGGUGGACCCCAAGCUCCGGCCAGGCCAGCUCUCCAUCCCCCACUUCAGGAGCCUCUGCGACGUGUACCGGGACAUGUGCGACCAGGACCCACAGCUGUUCGGUUACAAUUUCCGGGAGGAACUCAAGCAGAAGAAAAGCCAAAAGCAGGCGAGGGAGGAUGAGGGUGGCCAGCAGGAUGGGGAUCACCUAUAGGGGUCGCCCUUGGCACAACUGAUGAUGGACCAGACCCGGGAGACUGGGGGUCUCAGAGGACAGCUAAGACGCCCCGGGACUUCGGUAGAGGAAAAAACAGAAUCAAGUGAGAUGCAGUGCAGCUUGUUUUGUUUUUAAUAUACAGACUGCAUAGAUAUACAGGUUUCGUAUAAACGGCAUCUAUUACGUCCUUACAAAAAUGAAGUUCAUCUGCAUCUGGUACCUCUAGUCCUCAUCAAAAUAACUUAAUAUGCUUUAAAUAAAGCACAAUAAAAAGAAAAAUUAAAAAAAACCCUAACAGGUCAAAGGAAAUGCCCAGAGGAAUAGGAGGGGUUAAAAAAAAAAUCACCUGUUUAAAUCACCUAUUAGUCCUGACUUCCCCCACCUUUUCCACAUAAAUUAAAAUAAUUACAAUGCAAUUUAAAAGAUAGUGUUGAAGUAUUUCUGUUAGUUGGUUGGCUGGUUGGUUUUGGGGAACCUGCUCCAAAGGGUG